UCAGAUGGGAGACCGUUUGGUUGUGGCUGUUGGGAGUGAUAGCACAAGUGCAGCAUCACGAAGGUAGUGCCCUGGAUUCAAUAUGCUCUGCCAUACUGGAAAAUGUAGAUGAAUUAUGCAGCCUCCGUGCAUGUAUUAUUCAGCGACCCAGGCUGCUUUUUAACGGUGAAAUUUUGGCAACAACCCAGGCCAAAGGACAAUUGGGAACUCUAGAGUUUGUAAAAAUUUGAAUUCUUUUUUUUUCUACGCUUAAGUUAUUCGUCUGCAUUUCUGGAUUACAUUGCCCCCUUUUUGCCUCAAUUUGAAAUGCCAUUUGUGUGAGACAGACAUUAGAAAGUAUAUAGUACUCAGAAUUUCUUUAUUGAUUUGUCAAACAAGCUUGUUUUCAAGUAAUUUAGUUUAGUUUAAGACUGCGGAACCAAAUGGGUAGCUGGAAGGAUCUUUCUGGCUGGGUAUGAGAUCAGUGUUGAGUGGGGAUCAGGCUAGUCUUUCCUGCUCCGACUGCAGGUUAUCAGACCUGAGGUUCCUAAUUUGGCUGCCUCAGGCGCUUCGCGUGUAAUUGACCUGGGCUGUGCUUUGUUGGAGUUUGCUGCUGACUCAUCGGCGGUGCAUCAGUGCAGCUACAGAGGCAUCUGCGGCCAUCCGCGAUGAGUAGUGGGAGCAUUGAUCUCCACAGAGAUGAAUUAUAAGCGUGGCGCAGAGAGAGCCAUUAUUGAUCGUUUCUGGUAAGGUGGAGUCCAUCAGGGUUAGAAAAUGAAGGAUAGUGUAUUUACAAUUUCCAAAGGAUUCUUGAAAGACAAUGCUGUAACUUGAUCACAUCAAUACGAUGGCCUUUUCCUAUACUUUUAACCUCAUGUUUACUGUAAUCAGCUGAAUUGUCUGCUGCUAUGCCAGCUGCUCCAAGAGUUGUUUACAGCACAGUGUGCUGAGGUAUGAUUGUGACUCACAUCUCAGUUUGUAUAUCUCUCAUUAGGUCAUGUGCAAAGAUAUAGAAAAAGGCAGAGAGGCUGUCAAUUAUCAAUUUACUUCAACAGACUUUGACCCUUGCUCUUUGCCUCAUACUGGAUCUCUGUGUGAUGGCAAAGAAUAAAUGCUGCAUGUACAACACCCUCUAUAGUUAUUGGCACACCUGGUAAAGAUGUGUUUAUCUACUUUUAAAAGGUGGUUAAAAUGUAUUAUAAUUUUUAUUUAAUAAUCCAUUGCUUCCUGUUUUCACUGGGGUAUAAACUUGAUGUGACACAGAGGCCCGUUUGUCUUCCAUUCGUUUCAAAAAUACCUUAUUUUCUCAAGGAGAAAUUAAAUGUUGUUAUACCUCAUAUUAUGUAAGUAUCUUCGAAGAGUUGUUAUGUAUGGAGACGCGUGGUAAUAAUUAGUUUUGCAACUUAUCAGAAGAGGCUUCUGAUUUAAGACUGCUGCUGUGUGACAGUCUCAUGACUGUCAUGACACACUAACAGCUCAAUUUCUGGACAGCAAAGAUAAUAUUCCACAUUAAGGCUGGACAAGGACCCUAUUCUACAAUGCCGCCCUGCAGAGCGAGGAGGAUGGAAGGGGAGUUACAAAAUUAUUCAACGCUCAUUGAACUGUAGCAAAAAGGCGGAAUGUCGGGCUCGCCAAGUCCUUUUAGAAACCCUUUCUGGCAGCGGAGGGCGUUGUAAGGCUGUAGGUAGAAGUGUUUUAAUUCUAAAAAUGUCAAGAUGAUGUAUUUUGUCCAUUCAAAAUAAUCAUAUUAUUUAGAAUAGUCCAAACAAUUAGCUUGUUGUGCAAUUAAUAUUAAUACCGCUAGAACUUUGUCACAUUUUGUCGUUUUGCGAACACAUACUGCAAUGUAUUUUAUUGAGAUUUAAAGUGACAAGCAAAUGCAAAGUUUGCACUGUAAUAAUCAGUUUUCAGGUUUUGGGAGAAGCAUUAAAGGAUGCUUCUCCCAACAUUUCCACCUUACCUAGAUUUUAUUAUUUGACUAGAGCAGCUUCUUCCACAUGUUUGUUGUGUCCUCUUAUGACUUACAGCAAACUUUUACAGCCCUUGGCUUUUCCCCACACUGGCCAGUAAAGUGAAGUGCAGAAAUCCUUCCUUCCACUUCACAUUCAUGCACUAUUUUUGUUGCCCAAUCACAUAAAAUCCCAAUAAAACACAUUAAGUUUCAGGUUUCUGGAUGGUGUUCUAUAAAAUAUGAAAAAGUCCUAGGUGUAUGAUUUCCUUUGCAAAACAUACUAUCACAGUCAGCUGAUUAAUCUAUAGUAUACACUUGACUUUACUUUACAUCUGUGCACUUUUUUUUUUUUUUUUUUUUUACCAUUUCUCUUCAUGCCCAGAAUAUCCUGCUUGAGUGAAAUCGAAAGACUUAAUCCAGUUUUGGUUAUCGACGAUGGGACAGACUAAUGCAUCUCCUGUUGCACUACAGCGGUGCAGAAAUGGCAUUUCAGGACUUUGGAAAUUCAAUAAGCAGAACCCUGCCAGGGCUUAUUCUUUUUUGAAUUAUUCAUGCAAUUAGCCUGUUGACGGUUUCACUCACAGACUAUCCUAUAACAAACAACAGGAUAAUCUGAUCCCAUGAUCAUGAAUUGGCUCUAUUUUAAAGAUGGGAACAGUUUGAGGAAUGGUGUCCUGCAGGAAGUUGCAGUGGCAUCAAAGUAAAGAGAAAGCGACAUGAAGUGAUCUCUGAUGGAUGGUUUCUGACUGCCGCAUGUCAUUUGAUCCCAUCUGUGCCCAACCACAGAACCUUAAGGCGAUGCGAGCCUUCUGGCCCUUUAAAAGCCGAGUCCCGCAGCUCUGAAGGAGCUCCAUAUGGCUUCCCCGCUUCGUUUGUGAGCAGCCGGGGCCGUCAUGUUGGAGGGAGGAGCUCGCCUCAAACGCACCAGAUAAAGCCCGUAUAGCGUCUCAGCGUGGAGGCGCACACUUUACUAUAUCUCACCGGCAGCUUCAGGCUCAGCCGAGCCGAAAGAGGAGCGCGGGGAGGCGGGUAACGCUGAAACGGCUGCCCUCGCCAGUGCACGCUCGCCGUUGUUCCAGCAGCUGAGUGAACUGUAGCUUCCAGAUCCAGUUGCUGCUGUUGCCUGCGUCUUCGCAGAAACGCACUGGCUCCCGUGUUUUAUGGGAAUAAAAUCCACGAAGCUGAAGCGCAUGCGGGGGUGAAUGAGCGGAGAUCACGACGCCUCGAGAUGACAAAGCCAGGCGGGCGGAGAGGAGAGGAAGAAGAAGACGGAGCGGGACCCUCUGGCUCGUCCGCCGGGUACCGCAAGGCGGAUGACGAGAUGUCCGGGACCACUUCCCAGGCGGACCCCGUAGACGCGACUGCGCGGACUGUGAUCCUCAACCGGACCCAAAGCACCAAGUUCUGCGACAACCACGUGAGUACCACCAAAUAUGGGAUUCUCACAUUUCUGCCCCGGUUCCUCUAUGAGCAGAUCAGACGGGCAGCCAACGCCUUCUUCCUGUUCAUCGCACUUAUGCAGCAAAUCCCCGAUGUAUCACCGACCGGUCGCUACACCACUCUGGUGCCGCUCAUCUUUAUUCUCACUGUGGCGGGAAUUAAAGAAAUCAUAGAGGAUUAUAAAAGACACAAAGCCGAUAACACGGUGAAUAAGAAGAAGACGACAGUGCUGCGGAACGGAGCUUGGCAGACGAUCAUCUGGAAGCAGGUGGCAGUAGGCGACAUAGUGAAGGUGACCAAUGGCCAACAUCUUCCAGCUGACAUGGUUAUAGUGUCCUCCAGCGAGCCACAAGCCAUGUGCUACAUUGAGACCUCAAACCUGGACGGAGAAACCAACCUGAAGAUCAGACAGGGUCUUCCCCUGACAGCCGGUUUUCAGACCCUGGAUGACUUGAUGGCGUUGUCGGGUCAUUUGGAGUGCGAAGGCCCCAACAGACACCUGUAUGACUUCACCGGCACACUGCGCCUGGUGAACCAGAAUCCAGCUCCUCUGGGUCCAGACCAGGUGCUGCUGCGUGGAGCCCAGCUCAGGAACACACAGUGGGUUGUAGGAAUCGUCGUCUACACUGGCCAUGAUUCUAAACUAAUGCAGAACUCCACCAAGGCGCCGCUGAAGCGCUCGAACGUGGAGCGGGUGACCAACAUGCAGAUCCUGGUUCUGUUCGGCAUCCUGCUGGUCAUGGCGCUGAUCAGCUCGGUGGGCGCCGCCAUCUGGAAUAGGGAACACACAGACGAGGCCUGCUGGUAUCUGUCGCGGGCCGGUGACAUCUCUCUUAACUUUGCAUACAACCUGCUGACGUUCAUCAUCCUCUACAACAACCUGAUCCCCAUCAGCCUGCUAGUUACCCUGGAGGUGGUGAAGUUCACACAAGCCCUCUUCAUCAACUGGGACGUUGAGAUGUACUACUCGGAGACGGACACGCCGGCCAUGGCGCGAACGUCCAAUCUCAAUGAAGAACUGGGCCAGGUGAAAUACCUCUUUUCUGACAAGACGGGAACGCUCACGUGUAACAUCAUGCACUUUAAGAAGUGUACCAUUGCAGGAAUCACAUAUGGCCACUUCCCUGAUCUUGACUGUGAUCGUUCAAUGGAGGACUUCAGCAACCUGCCGUCCAACAGCCAUAACUCCACAGAGUUUGACGACCCGAGUCUCAUUCAAAACAUUGAAAAGAAUCAUCCAACAUCACCUCAGAUCUGCGAGUUCCUGACCAUGAUGGCGGUGUGCCACACUGUCGUACCGGAGAGGGAGGAUGACCAGAUAAUUUACCAGGCCUCAUCGCCGGACGAAGGAGCGCUGGUCAAAGCUGCCAAAGGACUCGGCUUCGUCUUCACAGCCAGGACCCCUCAUUCGGUCAUCAUCGAUGCUAGAGGAAAGGAAAUGACCUAUGAACUUCUGAACGUACUGGAGUUCUCCAGUAAUCGCAAACGCAUGUCCGUGGUGGUGAGGACGCCCACUGGGAAGCUGCGCCUUUACUGCAAAGGAGCUGAUAAUGUCAUCUUUGAACGACUAACCGAAGCAUCUCAGUAUAAAGAUCUAACCGUCGCUCAUCUGGAGCAGUUUGCUACUGAAGGUCUGAGGACGCUCUGCUUUGCCUAUGUGGACCUGGAGGAAGGCGCCUAUGAGGAGUGGUUGAAAGAAUACAAUCGUGUCAGCACUGAACUUAAAGACCGCACUCAGAAACUAGAGGAGUGUUACGAACUACUGGAAAAGAACUUAAUGCUGCUUGGAGCCACAGCCAUAGAGGAUCGUCUCCAGGCUGGCGUCCCAGACACGAUCGCCACGUUGAUGAGGGCCGGGAUCAAGAUCUGGGUGCUCACAGGAGACAAGCAAGAGACGGCCAUUAAUAUAGGUUACUCCUGUCGCCUGGUGACACACGGCAUGUCCCUCAUCAUUGUCAACGAGGACUCUCUUGAUGCCACUCGUGCCACGCUCACCACCCACUGUUCCUCCCUGGGCGACUCUCUGAGAAAAGAAAAUGAACUUGCACUGAUCAUCGAUGGCCAAACUCUCAAAUACGCUCUGUCCUUCGAGCUCCGCCAGGCCUUCCUCGACUUGGCGCUGUCCUGCAAAGCUGUAAUCUGUUGCCGAGUGUCGCCACUGCAGAAGUCUGAGAUUGUGGACAUGGUGAAAAAGCACGUGAAAGCCAUCACUCUGGCGAUAGGUGACGGAGCGAACGAUGUGGGCAUGAUUCAGACGGCUCAUGUUGGGGUGGGAAUCAGCGGCAACGAGGGCAUGCAGGCCACCAACUCCUCAGACUACUCUAUCGCACAGUUCUCCUAUCUGGAGAAACUCCUUUUGGUCCACGGGGCGUGGAGCUACAACCGCGUCACCAAGUGCAUCCUCUACUGUUUCUAUAAGAAUGUGGUCCUCUACAUUAUCGAGCUCUGGUUUGCGUUUGUGAACGGCUUCUCUGGUCAGAUCCUUUUCGAGCGCUGGUGCAUAGGCCUCUACAACGUGAUUUUCACCGCGCUGCCCCCGUUCACUUUGGGUAUCUUUGAUCGACCGUGCAGCCAACAGAACAUGCUCCGCUUCCCACAGCUCUACAGGAUAACCCAGAAUGCCGAGGGCUUCAACACCAAGGUAUUUUGGGGACACUGUAUCAAUGCACUGAUUCAUUCAAUUAUCCUCUUUUGGUUUCCACUCAAAAUGUUAGAGCACGAUUCCCCGUUUAGUAACGGCCAGGGAAACGACUACCUGUUUGCAGGAAACAUGGUCUAUACGUAUGUGGUCGUUACAGUUUGUCUAAAAGCUGGCAUGGAGACCACCGCUUGGACCAGGUUUUCCCACCUGGCCGUUUGGGGAAGCAUGGCGCUCUGGAUGGUCUUCUUUGCCGUGUACUCUGUGUUCUGGCCCGCCAUCCCGAUCGCUCCCGACAUGCUGGGCCAGGCUGGUAAAGUGAUGCAGUGCUGGUACUUCUGGCUGGGUCUGGUCCUGGUGCCCACCGCAUGUUUACUCAAAGAUUUCGCUUGGGCUGCGACACGUCGCACUCUGAGGAAGACUCUGCUGGAGGAGGUGCAGGAGCUGGAGGCGCGGGCCGUUGACCCGGGAGCCGCGGUGCUCAGGGACUCCAGCGGCCGCAGUCUAAACGAACGAGCCCAUCUGCUGACAAGAGUAUUUAGGAAAACGCCUUCAAGUGUCGGACGCUCCAACUCGGUGCAGCAGACGGUGUCACAUGGCUAUGCUUUCUCUCAGGAAGAGCACGGCGUGGUGUCCCAGUCCCAGGUAGUUCGGUCCUACGACACCACCCGCCAGCGCCCCAGCCUCUAGCCGCCUCCGCCAGCCCCAAAUGAGGCGUUGGCUCAACGUAGCAAUAGUUGUCAUAACGACAGCCAGAUGAACUUCAGAGCCACACUCUGACCGGCCUCUGCCGCGGCCUUACCGAGACAGUGAUGUGACCUCCCUGUCACUUGGGGAUGGGAGGGUCACGGUCGGGUGGGGAGGGGCCGUGUCUGGUGUUCGGAGGACGGGACGAGGCUAAUUACUGAACAAACUCCUAAAAAAGCUGCACAGGCAUGAGCAAACCAUAUCCCAGACAUGCCGAGUCGAACUCAGAGACUUGUACCUGUAUACACCUCAGAUCGCUUCACGCCGCUGUGCGUCGACGUGUGUGUGUGGGCGUGCGUGCGUGUGUGUGCCUGUUUCAGUUCGUUUUUGCCUCUGCCUGUGCAUGUUUGUCUGCACACCGUGGCGCUGUGCGUGUGUGCAUGUGUUGUCUACGUGUGUCGCUUCCACGGUUACCGCUCAUCUCCAGCAAGGAGGAUUCUGCACACCUGUCGUCACGCAACGAAGCGGAGACAGAUGUCAAAAUGAUGGAGUGCUGGCUAAAUUCCUCAAAAAGGACAGAAGGGAGCUCUGCACCACAGCUACACACCCAGUUUUGGCUCCAUGGCAGCACCAAGCUUCACUGCCAAACACCACAGAGGUGGAGCUGAGGCAGAACUCUCCACCUUAAACUUGGACCACCACCUUGCUGCAACACCCCUCUGAGAUCUCCUCUUGUUUAUUUCUUCCUCGCUCUUAUCUCUGCAUCUCAUUGCAUUUCUGCAGCCGCCAUGUUCGUUUUCCUCUGGACAGUUUUUAGGUUUGUUUACACUCGUCUAACGCCAUCAGCUGAUGUAGAAGCAGCAUGCCAGUUUUUAACGCUUCCCCUUCCAGUUCUGCUGGGAUAUCUGCUCUGAACUAAACAUUUUAUUUUUAUUUUUUUAAUUAAAGUGGACAUUCAUGUGUAUGCAUUUAUAUUUUUUUUCCUUUUUGACGUAUGUUUUUGUACUCAUAAGUGGGGGAAGACCCGUUAAUACCCGCAGGAAUAUUUUACUUGAACUACUAACAGGCGUCCAAAAAUGGCGAAGGGAUUAGAUUGAGGACGCUUGCAUGAAUCAUGUGUUUCUCUGCGCUGUCUGAAUGUCCAUUGUCUGUGUGCUCUGUGUUGAGGACACUGCUUUAGGAAUGCGAGAUUGAAGGCUUUGUAUGGGUGGGUUGUGAGGAGCGGGUGGGGGGGGGAAAUGUCCAUCCAAGUCCUAAUCAUUAAAUCUAAUCAAUCCAUGGCCCGA